UGCCAGGGGCAGAUCCCUGUUGAGGGCUUGGGGCUGCUAGCUCCGGAGGCGUCCUGCCAGGGGAGCUGUGGAGCCAAUCUGCUUGGACUGAGGCGGGAUCCCCCUCCCUGGGCUCCUGCUGCCUCCUUCUUUGGCAGCCCCCCCCCCCCCUUGCUCUGCUGACUCAGUAGUGCCUUAGUCUGCUGCCUGGCUCCUUCGUUUGCCACUGCUCUCGCUGGACCUCUUUGCCUCCGCAGCCUCUUCGGCCUCCGCACCCCCCACCAUGGCUAAAACUGCGAUGGCCUACAAGGAGAAGAUGAAGGAGCUCUCUAUGCUCUCUUUGAUCUGUUCCUGUUUUUACCCAGAACCUCGUAACAUAAACAUAUACACAUAUGAUGAUAUGGAAGUUAAACAUAUCAACAAACGUGCUUCUGGCCAAGCUUUCGAACUGAUCUUAAAGCCUCCUUCUCCAGUCUCAGAAGCACCACGAACUUUAGCCUCUCCAAAGAAGAAAGAUUUAUCCCUUGAGGAGAUCCAGAAAAAGCUGGAAGCUGCAGAGGAAAGGAGAAAGUCCCAGGAGGCCCAGGUGCUGAAACAACUGGCAGAAAAGAGGGAACAUGAACGAGAAGUUCUUCAGAAGGCUUUGGAGGAGAACAAUAACUUCAGCAAAAUGGCAGAGGAAAAACUGAUACUGAAAAUGGAACAGAUCAAAGAAAACCGUGAAGCUAACCUAGCUGCUCUUAUUGAACGCCUUCAGGAGAAGGAGAGGCAUGCUGCAGAAGUCCGCCGAAACAAGGAGCUCCAGGUGGAACUGUCUGGCUGAGCCUAGCAGUGGAGAGAGUGGGAUCAGUUCCCAUCAUUCCCUAAACUCCCCUGCCUAUAUUAUUACAAAUCAUGAGAUACUAGUAUGGGAAAUGUAUGACAUGGUUUAAAAAAAAAAAGAAUCGAGAACUCAAUUAAAAACAAAACAAAAAAUAAAACAAUGCAGUCUUUGCAGAAUGAUUUGCUUGAUGUUUAAAAAUAAAACUUGGAUCUUAUUUUGUAAAUACUUACAUUUUUGUUAAAAAAUACAAGUAUUGCAUUAUGCAAGUUAUUUCAUAAUCUUUACAUGUCCUGUAACAGGCUUUUGAUGUUGUCUCUCUUUCCGUUCAGUUGAAUUUGUUAGAACUUUGCUAUGAAGUUCCCUGCAGCAAAAUCCAAACUGAGCGAUAUUCAUUCCAACUGAACAACCAAGCCAGUAAAGAAGGUCUAUGGUGCUAAAGUCCAGUCUUCACCUAAUGUCCUAGAAAGCUUUGCAAAUCAAUAUACUUCCUUAAGAUAAUAAGCAAAUUACAGGCAUUGUGGCUUGACAGUGAUCUUGGAGAUAGGGCUUUAAAAUAUUAAGCAGUCAUAAUUUAUGGAUAGCUGUGGUUCUAUUCUUUCCCAAAAGAAAAAGAAAAAAGGAUUGCAUUUCACUUCUGCAGUGUGUCCCUGGAGAAGUCCCACUGAGUUCAAUGGAACUUACACUCUGGUAUGUGCAUAGAGGAUUGUCAUCUAAAGGCUUAUAAAAAAAAUAUGCCUUACUAAACCGAGAGGGACUUAUUUCUCAGUAAAUAUACAUAGUGUUGUAAAUUGGUAUUCAAAGUAAGCAUUUCUUCUGCCUUCAAAAAAAAUUGCUUCUCUGUUUCAAAAACAAAUUUUAUUGACAAAGAGGUAAAAGGAAGCAAUUUUGGAUUUUCUUUCUUUCUUUCUUUCUUUCUUUCUUUCAUUCAUUCAUUCAUUCAUUGAAAGAAAUGACAAGCCUUGAGAAUGAGCAAUUGUAUCUGGGCCAAAAGAAAUACUCCUUUUUAAAAAUUUCAGUUUGAAAAUGGAUCAAAUUUGCCCGCUUAAAAUUCACUGCUAGAGCAAUUCAUAAAUUUGAGUCAAGGAACUAAUAGGUAUAGAUAGUGUGAUUUGUUCUGUUUAUCUUAGGCCAUAGUCCUAUCCACAAUGGCUGAAAUCAGUGGGGACAAAGAAGUGGAUCUUUGCGGGUAGGCUUCCAGCCUUAAGCUGCUCUAUUUCCUUAUGAUAUAUGAUGCUGUGUGUAGUAUUUUUCAUCGGGACUGAAUCAGCUGGUUGUAAUCCUGCUGACUUUGGCUCUCCAGUGUUAGUCUGUUCUGCCUGGUUUUAAAAAGAUGCCUAGAGUGAGGAGGACAGAAGCAGCAGGGGUGACUAGCCAGGUGCUUGUGCCAAGUCAAGUCUCGCCAAAAUCAAUACUUACAUUGUCCCCCAAAUUGCUGCCAGUUGGAAGUUGUCUUAAACCCUUCUGGAAAUUGCUGCCUGCAUAUUCUACUCUUCAUUAGUGCUACUUUUCUGUAUGUCAUUGUGAGCAAGCUGUGAUUAAUAAAGAAUUGGGGUUCUGUGAACUGAAAAAGAAGUGGUCUUGUUUUCUUAUCUAAAUCUUUUCCCCAAUGUGACAGAUGUCAAAAAACAAAAAAAGAAAAUGAACUAUUUUCAUUGGCAUCAAAAAUUGGCCCGUCUAGGUCAAUACCGCUUCAGUUAGCCACUUUGAUUUCCUUCUGCUGACAAACAGACAUCUUUUUGUUCUGUAAGGCCCAGAGCUUGGAAAAGCUACUUUGGGGGCUUAAACAGGUUUUAGGCAUCCCGGUCCAAAAAUGUGAAAUGUCUUAAAUUCUAACAGACUUUUGGCAUGUGGGCUGUUCUGCUACUGAAGGGGCUCUAGCUUGUUGUGGGCUGGUGUUGUCUUUCCUUGUUGCCUUUUUUCUUUUAUUUGUGUAAAUUUGCUUUUGUGUUGUUUUUGUUGUUGUUG